AUGAGUCCGAAAGGCGAGCCUCUCAAGGUCUCCAUCGGGGCGCUCGACGAGCUCGACCCCGACACGUUCGACUGGGCCGCUUACCGCGGCACUUACAAAGGCCGCGCGCUGAUCACCCGACUCGCCGCUAUCCCCACUCUCGUCCUCAGCUCCAAGACCAAGCCCUCUCAGAAGGCACUCGCACUCGCCCGUGCAGCGGCUUUGCAGGCUAUCCCUGUGCUGAAGGCUGAGACGUGGGACACGCAGCUGUACGGCCGCCUGUGUCGCCAGAUCGAGGCGACGCUGACGGGCGCAACUUACGAUGAGAGCAUGGAGGUGGACGAGGGCGAGGGCCGCGCCGGUCCCGAGGCUGAGGGGGGUCGCGACGUUGCAUGGGUUGCUGAGGCGAGCGCUGCCGCGAAGCAGGAGCACCAGCGCCUCCAAGUCGAGCUGAACGGGUAUCUCUCCAACCUGAUCAAGGAGAGCAUUCGACUCUCGUACCUUUCCCUCGCGGAACUUGCAAUCAAGACGGGCCACCUCGGCGAGGCGCUCAAGUCCUACUCCCAAAUGAGGGAGUACUCGUCCGGCCCUGCGCACCAGGUGCAGCUCGGUCUCGGCAUCCUCGAGGCCGCUCUCAUGUUCAACGACACGACGCCGCUCGCAGGCAACAUUAGCAAAGUUGACGCCUCGCUUGACCGUCUCCACCCCGUUUCUUCCACAUCCUCCUCCGCAGUCCAGGUCAACGAAGACAUGACGGCGACGCAACUGGCGGCGUCGCGCGAGAAUGUUGCGCGCAGCCAGGCCGUCCGCCGCAGCGUGACUGCCAAGCUGCGUGUGUCACGUGCGAUCCUGGCGCUGGCCGAUGGAUCGUACGCCACCGCGGUGCGCGAGCUCGCGAACGUCGAGGACGAGGGCGGCCUGGGAGACUGGGAGGGAGCCGCAAUCUCGUCGGCAGACAUGGCCUUCAUCGCCGCCAUGGGAGCCCUCGCCUCCCAGAGCCGGGGGUACAUCCGCCGCGUCCUCCUUGACCGCGGGAGCUUCCGUGCGGCCCUCGCCGACCGGCCCUGGGUUAUCGACCUCGUGACCGCCUUCGUGGACGCGCAGUACGGUGCCGCGCUCCAGCUCGUGCAGCAGGCACAGCCGCACAUGCUCCUGAACCCAUGGCUGGCGCCUCACGCCGAGGACCUGGCGAAGAAGAUCCGCACAAGGGCGCUGGUGCAGUACCUCGAGCCAUUUGCUUCGGUGCGCGUCGCGGCCAUGGCGGAAGCCUUCAACACGAGCGAGGACGAGAUGAUGGCCGAACUCUGCAAGCUCGCCGAGGAAGGCACCGUCGACGUGCGCAUUGACGCUGUCGAUCGCCUCGUUACGAUCAGGGAGAGGGAUCCGCGCCAGGAGGCGUUCCAGGGCGGCGCGAAGACGGGACAGGAUAUCGCGAACACGGUCCAGACGGCGCUGUUCAGGAUGAGGCUGAAGGAGGCUGGCGUCGUCGUCGACCCGACACCGCCCCAGGCGAAGGAGAGCCGCAAGGAGUGGUGGCGCGAGCACCGUGGUGACCGCAGCGACCGUGACCGCUCCAGCCACGGAGUCGGCGCGGGAGGCGCCCCGCUGCUCGGCGCCCUCAGCUCGUAA